AAGUUCGGUAAACAGAUCCAACGCCGGCAACUUGAUCUUCCAGAAUAUGCGGCCAGUUUCGUCAACUACAAGGCGCUGAAGAAGCUUAUCAAGCAACUCAGUGCCACACCUACCAUCCAAGCACAGCGUACCGCAGAGGAAAUUGCCCAGGAUCACACCUUAAAUCCCCAGGCUUUACUGCGCGCAAACAAGGAGGUCUUCUUCUUCCGCUUGGAGCGAGAAAUUGAAAAGGUGAACACCUUUUACUUGCAGAAGGAAUCAGAGUUCUCACUGCGACUCAAAACAUUAGUCGAUAAGAAGCGCGUAAUACAAUCCCGGCCGGCAUCAAGCUCAAAGGCCCCUUCAAAUUUCGUCUCAUUGUUUGAAGGGCUUCAGCAAUUUGAUGGCGAUUUGAACAAAUUACAACAAUUCGUGGAAAUAAAUGAGAUCGCCGCCUCUAAGAUCCUAAAAAAAUGGGACAAGACUUCCAAGUCCCGCAUGAAGGAGCUUUACCUGCAUCGGGCGGUAGAGGUACAACCAUGUUUCAACCGAGAGGUGCUGCGCGAACUAUCGGACCGCGCUACUACGGCGCGGCUGGAGUUGGAGGCUUGGGCUGAAGGCGAGAACUUGCAAUUGGACACAGCUCGGCCAGUGGAUCGUGUGGCACCUGGAGUUGGCCAAGAAGAGGAUGAGUUGGACCUACAGGCAUUGCAAUCCGCUUCUUUGGGCAACCUUCAGGUGAUGCGAGAUUGGAUUGAAAAGUUGCAGUCAGCCCCAGAUGCCCGUGAUCGAGCAACCAGGACAUUUUUAACUGCGAUCAACGGGUUCUCCGAUGAGGUUCUUGGUCUGCUUCUAGAGAGUGGCCUGGUCGACCUUCACUCUGAGGAUGAUAUCAACGAGCGGAACUGCCUCCAUGAAGCCGCCAUCUCCGGACGAGACUUGAUCUUCAAAGCAGGUCUUGCGGCCGGCGUGGAUAUCUUCCUUCCCGAUGUCUAUGGUCGGAUUCCCCUGCAUUACGCAUGUAUGCAUGGCCGUGUAGAUAUGGUAGAGCAUUUGCUAACAGUGGGUCCACAAACCGUUGACGUGAUGGACCACGACAACUUCACGCCUCUGAUCCAUAGUAUUGUCAAGAGCCGUCUUGAAUGUGCCGAGAAGGUGCUCAUCAGCAAUGCGCGCAUCGAUCCCAUUUCAGAUUCUGACCACAUCCCCUUGAAUCUUGCCUGCCAACACGGCUCUUAUGAGAUUGUAGAGAUGCUACUUCAACGGAAGGCAAAAUUAUUACCCGAUGCAGAGGGUCUUUACCCCCAACAUAUGGUUGCGCGGGCCUCACAGUCUCCGAAAAUUUUGUUACUUUUGAAGGCCCACGGUGCCGAUCUUGACCAGAGAGACAAGCUUUACCAAUGGACCCCCUUGUUCCACGCUGCAAGUGAAGGCUGUGUGUCAUGUCUGCAAGCUCUUCUCGAGUCUGGUGUCGAUGCAAAAAUUGCGGACGAAAAAGGCCUCGAGGCUAUGUACUACGCUGCUUGGGAAGGCCACCUUGAGUGCAUGUUGCUCCUCUGGGCCCAACCCUCAAAAGCAGCCCCUUCACGGAGUCCACUUGACCUUCUGAAUGGAACCAAUCGUCAGGGGCCUGGCAUGACGGUGGAUUUCGAGAGGCGUCACAGUUCGGCAGUUGACAUCGACAUGACCGAUGGCAUCCCAGACCUGGAAUUACCUCCCCCGAUUAUUCCUUUACGACGAUACGGCCACAAUUUCCUGGACAAGAGGGCUUUCGUCCAGCUUAUAUUCAAUGAAGCUAAAGUCAAGUCGAUUACAUUUGACCAACGCGGGCGCCACCCUGUUGCCCGGUUGACGAUUUCCUCCAAGAUGUCCGACCUGAUUCCCCGUACAAUCAUGCUUCCCAUACAGGAGGAAUAUCGGACAAUAUCGUUCCACGUGGAGAAUUUGGAUACAUUUGCCGUUGAUUUUGAAAUCUUCCCUACUUUUGGCUCCAAGGUGAUCGCGAAAAGUGUGGCUCUGCCAGUGAAAUUUGCUGCCGAAACAUCCAGCACGGGCUCAUGCUGUUUGCCUCUUAUUGACCCUCGUUUGCGGGCUAUUGGCCAACUGCGCUUCAACUACCAAGUUAUCAAGCCGUAUCACGGAGAUCCCUUGGAAAUCACGCACUUUGCGACCUACUGGAAGUCGACAAGUGCCAUCGACUCAGUACACAGUGGGUUGGUUACCGGCUCAAGCCUUUCAGGUGAUUAUGUACAGCUCUUUGUGCAGUUGACUCGAGAUAGUGUGCCGGUUCUAUACCCACAGUUCGUAGUCAACCACCACGGCAUCGACAUCCCCAUAUCCCGACUGACUUGGGCUCAAUUCCAAAAGAUUGGCUCGGAACAAGCGAGUCUCAGCAAACAGGAGAUUUUAGACUUCUUGCGGACUCAGGCUAUCAAUGAUAUGCCGAAAACCCACCGUCUUCUGGCAGGGUCCUUCAUGUCUCUGCGGGAGGCUCUACUAGAACUGCCAAUCGACCUGAAAGUUGAUAUCUCUGUUCUCUACCCAUCUGACGCUGAGGAGCAUUCUCUCGACUUGACCUCCCAAGCCGAUGUCAACAGCUUCGCGGAUGCGAUUCUGACCGAUUUGUUCGACCAUGCCCGCGAGGCUCGUGAGAAGAGUCCUGACUUCAUGCGCUCCGUCGUUUUCACCUCGUACAAUCCCAAUAUAUGCACUGCACUUAAUUGGAAACAGCCUAAUUAUCCCGUCCUUCUAUGCAAUGAUCUUGGUCAAAUUCGUGACCUUGCUAGCAAUGUGGACUCUCUUCCUCAUGUCAACAGCAGUGGCCGUGCUUUGAUGUCGAUUAAGGAGUCUGUCCGAAUCGCUCAGAGUAACAACUUUAUGGGUCUGAUCUGCCGCUCUAGUCUUUUGAAUGUUGUCCCUGCGCUGGUUGAGACUGUCAAAGAGCUCGGCCUCGUUUUGGUGGCUGACACCUCUGACGAAGUUGCACAGCCUGAUCACACCGAGGCCCUUUCAGUCAGCUCUAUGGGUGUGGCUGAUUGGGCAUAUCGUAUGCCCGAUGGCGUAAACGGUGUAAUGAAAGCCAACGGUAUUUUGAGAUUUAACGACUCGGUCGAUAUGUGA